GGACCCGAUUCAGCGGCGUUCUCUCAUUCGACUUUUUCGCUUGGACACGAGAUUUUAUUUUUGUAUUUUCUCUGUGGACACUUUUCGCGGCACUUACAUUGGCAGGUUAUGAUUUAAUCGGUCGCCGACCAGCAAGAAGUGCAAAAUCAUAACAUAACAACCGAAAAAUUCUAAUCGCAAUCGCUCGGGUGCCAUGCGAUAAGCCAUCCGGGCAGGUAUCUCUGUGAUUUCGUCGUGAGCAUUCUUUGCAAUUGGCAGGCCAGUCAUGGGUGCCCUGAAAAUAUUUUUGGUUUUUCUCGUCGUUCGCCUUCUGUCUGUAUUUCUUGUGACUACGUUUUUCGUUCCGGACGAGUACUGGCAGAGCUUAGAGGUGGCCCACAAACUGGUGUUCGGUUAUGGCUUUAUGACAUGGGAGUGGGCUUCCAGGAUCCGCAGUUACCUCUAUCCGCUAGUCUUUGCGGGAUUCUACAAAGUCCUCGCACUGUUGGGGUACGAUACUGUUGAGUUGCUGGUUAUUGGACCCAGAAUACUCCAAGCGCUGCUGACCGCCUACUCCGACUAUCGGUUCUAUGUGUGGACUGGCAAGAAGAAAUGGUCUUUAUUCCUCUUACUUACAUCGUAUUUCUGGUUCUACGCGGGAUCAAGGACUUUGAUCAACACUUUGGAAGCAUCAUUGACUACCAUUGCCCUCAGCAUGUUCCCUUGGCAUUCAGGUAACAGCAACCAGAGCAAAUCAAAUAUUUCAAGUAAAAGUGAAAAAGUCGGUGAUACGUUAAUCUCCAAGCAAAAGAACUUAUGCGAUCAGGCGGAAAGAACCGAUUUCUUAUGGCUUACGGCUAUAUGUUGCUACAUUAGACCAACGGCAGCGCUAACUUGGUUGCCACUAUGCAUAAUACAUUUGAAAAAUUCAGAGCACAGUGCAAUUGAGCUUAUUCUGAAGCGGUACAUUCCUAUAGGAUUACUCGCUGGUGGUCUUUGCAUUGGGGUUGAUAGCUACAUAUAUGGAUUGUUCACCGUACCCCCGGCACAAUUUUUCCUUUAUAACAUUUACGAAAAUAUCGGAAGUUUUUAUGGUGUUCACGAAUGGUAUUGGUAUCUCGCUGUCGGUUUACCAACCUUACUGGGAAUCAGUACUCUUCCAUUUUUAUUUGCCGUUAUAAAUACAAUCCUAAAUUGGAACGCUUUCCCAAUUCGAAAGGCUCUUCUGAUCUCCAUAUUGUUCACCCUUGCUGGACUGAGCUUCAUUGAGCAUAAGGAACACAGAUUCUUACUCAUAAUACUGCCAAUGUGCCUUUAUAUAUGUUCAGAUUACUUGUCACGUUGGAGUACUCGCGCAAAUAGUCUUUUAGUAUGGCUGUUUGCAGCUGCAAUAAUAGCUGGAAAUGCUGCACCAGGAUGGUAUUUCAGCACAGUUCAUCAAAAGGGAACUUUGGAAGUAAUGAAACCACUAGCUAAAAUUGCAGAAUCAUAUAGGGACAAGGAUAACAAUCCAGCGAGAUUGUUAUUCUUGAUGCCGUGCCAUUCAACGCCAUUCUAUUCACACAUCCACCAAAACAUCACUAUGUACUUUGUAGAGUGUGAUCCGCACAACGAUAAAGAUUAUCAGAUAUUCAACAACGAUCCAGAACGUUGGUUGAGAAUGAAAGUACCAGCUAUGCCUUUAUCUCGUGUACCUUCUCAUGUAGUACUCUAUAAUACAUUGGUGCCACGAGUACGAACAUUUUUAAGUCGUUAUAGGAAAAUCGAACGAAUUCAUCACACUGAUUACCCUGUGUCAAAUACUGGAACAUAUAUCCAUACGUACGAAAUAAAUUUGGAGGAAGAAUACGAAAGACAAUUCGUAGAAGACCCUGUUGCUUCCUCUCCAUCUCACAGUGGACAUGAUGAACUCUAGAAUAACAUUCAAAAGUACAAAAUGAACAAAAGAACUUAGUUUAAGAUUGGACAGUGUGUUUGUGGGGGAAUGUUGAAUAAUUUUCAUAUUAUGUCUAUUAUGAGUUGUUUUUUACUAAUCGAUAGAAGUGUCUGUUUAGCAAAACCAAGUGUUUGUAAGAUUCUUUCUGUAAUGUAAAAAAAUAAUUAAUUAAUUUGACUGAAUAUUGCAUCAAAACUUCAAAAUCAUUAAACAUAGAGAGAAAGUUCUUUUUAAAUUGUUUCCAAUCUAUAAAGAUUGAACUGCACAUUGGUUUUAAGCGCAAGGCGUCAAUGAAAUCAUUGUCGAUAAUUUUAUGUUGCAAUUUUAUUUUUAAAAUUAUUUUUAAGUUUUUAACUUUGGAAUAGUCUAGUGAAUUGGGUUUUCUGAAUCAAACUUUUAUUUGCAUAAAUUAACACUUCAUAUACAUUUUGUCCUAAUCUUUAGCGAUUCUAUGUACUUUUAACAAGUAAAUCUAAAGGUAUUUCCUAGAUAAUAAAACAAUCAUAUUGGAUUGAUUGAAAAGUUGACUUCAUAUUGAAUAUCAUUUGAAAAUUACUUGAUUAAAAUUGGAUUACUAAAAUAUAUUUUGAAACUAAAAAUAAAAUGACAAAUAAAAUUAA